AUGGAAACGCUAGGAGACAUCAUCCACGAUAGAGUGUACAAUCAGAAAUGGUUCACUGCUCGGGGACUGAGAUCACUUUCUGAAGCAACAGGGUGGGGUGUUGAUACCAUUGCAAAAGUAAUAGCAUGCCUACUGUUCUACCUUCUGAAUGGAGGUAGCGAUUGGUUUGUGUGCAACCUGCUACUUGUUUUGGUACCCAUGCUUCUCAUCUACAUUGCAAAAAUAAUAGCGUGCUUACUGUUCUACCUUCUAAAUGGAGGUAGCGAUUGGUUCGUUUGCAACCUGCUACUUGUUUUGGUACCCAUGCUUCUCAUCUACGUGUAUCCCGAUGAGCAGCCUCCACUAGAUCACAUGAUCGUCUAUUGGAUUUCUGCUUUUGUGUUGUCUGCUUGCGAUCAUAUGCUCGAGGAUCUGCCAUUUUACUAUCUGCAAAAAUUCUGUCUUCUUCUUUUCAUACUAGUGGAACCGUCAUGCCUAAAUGAUAGACUCAAAGUUUUAUUCAAAGUCAAUGUGCCAGAAUAUUACAACGUUCCCAAGAAAGAGGAUGAUGUGAGCACAGCUAAAUCUUCUUCAGCUUGGGAGAAAUUCAAAGAAUCUUUACUAUCUCUAACCACCGGUCCAUGUACGACCGUGCAAAGACAUCAAGUUGUCACCCAUAAGACCAGAGUCGUCACUCCUGCAUGGGAGAAAUUUAAAGAAUCUUUACUAUCUCUAACCACCGGUCCAUGCACUACCGUGCAAAGACAUCAAGUUGUCACCCAUAAGACCAGAGUCGUCACUCCUGGUUCUAGAUCAGACAGUGAACGUCUCAUACCGGGUAGUGGCUCAAGUUCGAGCGAUAGUUCACCACGUGAUCAGAGACAACUUCAUCGCCACAAGAAAACGGUAACAGCAGAGACAAAAGUUGUGCACUCCUCGGGUGCAACAUAUAAAAGUGCGCUGAUUGCACCCGGCCCGCCUGUAGCUGUUGGUGAAAACAGAAAGAUAGACUCAGUAUAUGUAAAUCUGCCUAAACCUAUUGGAACCCAGAACAAAAUCUCAGUUCGUCUUGAGCCUGCUUUGCGCACAAGCAGAAGUGAUAACAGAAACGAAUCUUCAUAA